AUGAGUUCCAUCGGUGUUGUUGUCUUCCGCAAUUCGCCGCUCGGCAAGUCGCAGGUGCUCCAGGAAUCCGUGAAUAAUUCCGUGAACAUAUCGAACAAUGAAGGCAAUCAAAAUUCCACACGUGAAAUUAUUAUAGUGAGAAAGAAGCAGAAGACCCCAUCCGUGCCUACGACUGUGUCAGUGACAUCAUUAGUUCGUGCUGCUGACACUGCCUCAUCAAUAGGACCAGUGGCUAAGAAAUCGCGAUCGUGUGAAAAUGUGGAUGAAUCAGUGCGGUCACCAACUCCUCUUGCAGUAGCUCGACGAAAUGCGCGGGAACGCAACAGAGUGCGCCAAGUCAAUGAUGGAUUUGCCGCUCUCCGCCGACAUAUCCCCGAAGAAGUGGCGGCUGCCUUCGAAAAUGCUAACUCCAAUCGAGGAGCUAACAAAAAGUUGAGUAAAGUGGAAACGCUACGUAUGGCAGUUGAAUAUAUUCGAAACUUGGAGAACUUGCUGAACAUCGGCCAUGACAAAGAAAACUCUUCACGACCAUCAAUGGAAUCAUUCCCGUCUCCAGCAUCAUCAUCGCCUAGAGAAAAUAGCCAAGAAAGGACUUAUUACUCAUUGCAUUCGCCUGCAAUUGAAGAUGAGGAUAUGGAUGAAGAUGAGUUAGACGGAUCUAUGCAUAUUCCUCGACAACAAUAUAUUGAUAUACAAGCAGCAGAACAGUUCCAGUUAGUGGCCACUACAAAUUUGUACGAAGAAGAAGAAGGCGCUGGACAACCUCUCACUCCAUCAUCUGAUCUUCUAGGUCACGAAGAGAUCACUCCUAAUUUAUUGGAAGGACAUUUCGCAUUCCCGAAUUCAGCUGAACAAUUUACAGUGAUUCCUGAAAGACAUUACUUGAGUGAAACUGAUGUGCCAGUGACUGAAAAUGAUUUCGAAGUGAAAUAUUCUACGAUUAUGAAUCAACAAAUGCAUCACAGUUUCACUGAGGAUACUAGCCUGCCCUCGAUUGAUCCUGGAUUGAUUUUGAACCAUAACGAAUAUAAAUUUAAGGCUGACAAUACUUUAUUAGUUGAGGAUCAGUUUAAUGAUGACAUGGAACUGAAGAAAGAACUACCAGAUAUUCAAGUGACACCAGAAGACAGAGAACAAUUCGAAGAAACCUUGAAAUGGUGGCAGGAGAAAACAAGACAAGCUCGAUUACUGAAACAUAACAAUAAGAAUUAA